AUGCUGAACCACAUAGUUCAAAGUUCAUCUAGAUUACAAACUAUUUCUGCGAGUACCAAUGGCAUAACAUCUUUUCUUAAUCUAAGAAAAAGAAAUCCUUUCUAUUACAAUAUAAAUAUAAACAAUCAUAAAGAUUAUGUUCAAAAUGAGAAUAUCCAAUGUAAUAAUAUAAAUGAACGAACUAUCUCACUCGCUGCAAAACAUUUACGUAUAUCAACACCAUCACCAUUAUUAGAGUUUAAAACUUCUAAAACUUCUUCAUUUCGAAGUGAUUAUGAUUUCUUAAGUGCAUUUGGUAUUUUGAAAUCUGUACCAAGUCCUUCUAACAAAAUCUUUUCUAAUAAAAAAAGGUAUAUUUUAUUCAAUCCUCCAUCACCAAAAUCAAAUAUACUUGACGAACAAUAUUAUAUUAACAAACAUAAAUUUGGUGAUAAAAAAGCAAAUAAAAAUGAUUUUAUUAUUAUGCCUACUGUUUUUAUUUCUGAUUAUAUGAACGAGGAUAUGGAAAUAUAUGAAGAUGAUGGUUAG